AUGAUUUAUUAUGGAAUUACAUUUGCUAUAACAUCUGUUGGAUUUAAUAUUUAUAUAAAUUCAAUUAUUAUAGGAAUUUAACUAUUUCCUACAGCUGUCAGAAAUCUGGCUUUAGGAUUUAGUUCAGCAGCUGGAACUAUUGGUAGUACAGCUGCCCCAUAUAUUAAACUAAUUUGCUUAAGAAUUAAUUUAUCAGCUAUGGUACCUUUAGGAGUUAUAGGAAUUGCAGGAGUUUUAUGUCUAAUUCCUUUAAAAGAAACUAAAGGAGAAAAAUUAUUAGAUUAAAUUGAAGAAUUAAAUAAUUAGGAAGAAGAUUUUUUUGUUGUUGAAAGAGACAAAAAUGGCUAUAAAUAAGAAUGA